UGCUUCGUUUUAAAAACCCAACAUCUAUCUUCCCUUUUCCCACUGUCCCACCUUCCGUUCUUCUUCUCCUCUCUACUACAACGAGCUUUCGCUAUGGCAGCUUCUACCAGAACGACGAGAGAGGCUUCUACAACACCGCCCCCCGUUAUAGGCAAGGCGGGGAGAUAUACCGUUUUCAUCACCCCUCCGUCAACGCCAAAACCCCCUCAAAAUGCAGCGGAAUCUCCGAAAACGCCACCGCCCGUGCAACCUCCGCCUCAGCAGUUCGAGAAGCCAGCAUCGGUAGCCCGAUCUUCAUCAGGACUUGGGUUCUUCUGGAAUGCGAUCGCCAAAGUGCAAGAUGUGCAUUCGAGUGUGGAUGAGUAUUUGGCUGACUGGUUUGGUUUGAAUCAAUCCAAGUAUCAAUGGGCGUUGAACGAUUACUACGAGAGCAAGGGAAUAGAGAAAGAAGCUGGGAAGCCUAAAGAGCAGUCAGGCAAAGGGCUGGGCGUGUAACAUACAACAGAAUGAAUGUUAAUAUAGCAAGGGCGAGAAGGUCUUUCCUCUUAUGAUUAAAUCAUAUAUCUAAGACGGCUUAAAUUGAUGAAUGCCAUGUCUAUGAUUUACUUGGAAGCGUGGGAGGCGAUCUCCAAUCUGGUCACAGGGGGUCGAUUGAUGUUGUUGUUUAUUCUUGUUGCUAUUCCACCUAUCAUGCCGCAGCGGGUGAUCAGGGUGCGGCAUAUUUUCACUUUGGAAUUAGCGCGUGGUGGCCGCAUUUUGUACUUGUCUUGAAUGCUGGAUGCUUGUUAAGCUGUUGUUCUGAAUCAAAAGCCACGACAAGAAUAGUUGUUGUGGCACUUCUCAUCUUGAAGAAUGCUUGUUUUAAAUUAUAUGGACUUACAUGUGAAUGAAGCCAUAGAUUGCCUUUGCUUA